AAAUAAAUUGCAAAUUUUGGUAAAGAUGGCGACAAGCUUCACAUGGUCGGAGCUGCCUGUCAGAGACCCUGUCACUGGCUCCAAGACAACCGCCUAUUGGAUUCAGCGCUCUCAGGUACUCGCCUGGAGAACGGCUAAUAUCGUCGUUAUAAGCCACGUGCUGUACCUGGCAUUACGCAUAGUUACCAACAGUGCCAACCCACUAUUUUUCAACGCCUGGUUUCCCUUUGACUUGAACAACACACUAGGAUACUCAUUCGUAUUGGUCUUACAGGGUUUCGGAAGCAUCAUUCUAGCCAACCUCCUCUUCGGAUUCAUCUGCCUGUACGUAUCGCUUGUGGCGAUAGGAUGCACUCAGCUGGAGAAAAUACAGAUUUCACUACUGGAUCUUAAACAGAUACAAAACGAACCGCAUUGUGUACUGAAGAGUGGCUUUGUGAAGUGCGUGCAACACCAUCAGCAGGUCUUGAGGUACAUGAGAGCGCUGGAGGACAUGUUUCAUGUGGUGUUGGUCGGACCGUUCUUAUCAGUGGCGGUUACUUUGUGCUUUGCAGCUUUCACAGCCCUGACGAUCUCCGGAAAUCAUGAAGAAUCUAUACAGAUUCUUCUGGUCAUAUUUGCUUUUCUUUGUCAAAUACAGGCAUGUUGUUGGUUUGGAAAUGAACUAACAAUACAGUCCGGCAGAGUGCGGGAUGCAGCGUGGGGAAGUGAGUGGAUAGGCUCGCCGAUCUCCCAUCAGCGGUCCAUUAAUAUCAUGAUGACUGUAUCAAAGGAGUUUAGUGUCACUGCAGGAAAGAUCAUACCUGUGUCACGUCACACUAUGAUGACGGUGAUGAAUCAGGCAUACACAUACCUCAUGUUCCUCGUGAACUUUAUGGAACGUUCUUCAACCAGACGAGGCAUCUAAUAAUGACGACGUGUUUAGAAAGGUCCAUGAGCUUCUAGACCAGUUACAUUCUAAUCACGAAAGACAAAUAACACAUUUUUGUUGUGAAAAAUAUUAAAAAUGUACACAUGUCACCGUUCCAUCAAACUAUUAAUGUAUAGUUUUAUAUGCUUGAUAUCCAA